GAACGUGGCAGCCAUUUUACAUCAUCAAGAGUGAAUGACUGAAGUCGGACCAGUGCCGGGGAGUUUUACACUUUUUCCGUCUUUUAAAUAUCACGCUUAUCUUCCUAUACAAUCAGCACCACACACUUUGGUGUGCCAGCGGCAGAUUUCUGGAGACAUGGCCACAGAACAUAUAAAUGGAAAUGGUCCAGAAGAGCCAAUGGACACCUCUGCUGCAGUUACCCAUUCUGAGCACUUCCAGACUUUAUUAGAAGCUGGUUUACCACAGAAAGUUGCUGAAAAACUAGAUGAAAUUUACAUAGCAGGUUUGGUGUCACACAGUGAUUUAGAUGACCGAGCAAUCGAGGCUCUGAAAGAAUUCAACGAAGAAGGUGCUCUACAAGUGCUUUUCCAAUUCAAGGAAAGCGACCUCUCACAUGUUCAGAACAAAAGUGCCUUUCUUUGCGGCGUGAUGAAGACAUACAGGCAGCGAGAGAAACAAGGGACCAAAGUGUCGGACACCAACAAAGGACCAGAUGAAGGCAAAAUCAAAGCUCUGCUGGAUAGGACUGGUUACACACUCGAUGUGACAACAGGACAAAGGAAGUAUGGGGGUCCUCCACCAGAGUCGGCCCAUUCAGGGGCGCAGCCCACCAUCGGUACAGAGAUAUUCGUAGGGAAGAUUCCCAGAGACCUGUUUGAGGACGAGCUGGUUCCACUGUUUGAGAAGGCCGGCACCAUAUGGGACCUACGCCUAAUGAUGGAUCCUCUCAGUGGGCUCAACAGAGGCUAUGCCUUUGUUACUUACUGCACUAAGGAAUCUGCGCAGCAAGCAGUCAAAUUGUGCAACAACAACGAAAUUCGACCGGGUAAACACAUCGGCGUGUGCAUCUCUGUGGCCAAUAAUAGACUGUUUGUUGGCUCCAUCCCCAAGAGUAAAACAAAAGAGCAGAUUGUUGAAGAAUUUGCUAAAGUUACAGAAGGUCUAAAUGAUGUCAUAUUAUACCACCAGCCUGAUGACAAGAAGAAGAACCGAGGCUUUUGCUUCCUGGAGUAUGAAGACCACAAGACGGCGGCUCAGGCUCGCCGCAGACUCAUGAGUGGGAAGGUCAAGGUGUGGGGAAACGUGGUCACUGUGGAAUGGGCCGACCCGAUCGAGGACCCAGACCCAGAAGUUAUGGCUAAGGUCAAGGUGCUGUUUGUGAGGAAUUUAGCGAGCAUCGUAACAGAGGAGACGCUGGAGAAAACGUUUAAUCAGUUUGGGAAGCUGGAGAGAGUGAAGAAAUUGAAAGACUACGCCUUCAUCCACUUUGAAGAGAGAGACGGUGCUGUGAAGGCUUUAUCUGAGCUGAACGGCAAAGAACUGGAAGGAGAGCACAUUGAGAUAGUGUUUGCCAAGCCGCCUGACCAGAAGAGGAAAGAACGCAAAGCCCAGAGACAAGCCGCCAAGACGCAAAUGUAUGAUGAAUACUACUAUUAUGGGCCUCCUCACAUGCCGCCACCCACAAGAGGCCGAGGAAGAGGCGGGCGGGGCGGUUAUUCUUACCCGCCUGACUAUUACGGCUACGAAGACUAUUACGAUUACUACGGAUAUGAUUACCACAACUACCGGGGGGGCUACGACGACCCCUACUAUGGCUACGACGACUUCCAAGGGUCCGUGCGAGGACGAGGAGCCAGAGGAGGAGUCCGCGGAGCUGCGAGUCACGUCAGGGGCCGCGGUGCCAUCACACCAAGGGGCCGAAUGAGCUUCAACCACCGCGGAGGCCUUGGAGCAAUCAGAGCAGGGAAGCGAGGCCGAGGGCGUUCCUGACCUGUCACAGUGGACACUGACUUGAUGUAUGGGUUCACACCAUAAGCUGCAAUGGAUGUUGAAAUGACAAGAGCGACGAAAAAGGUCCAGUGAAAUUCCAGCCUUACAGCAGACGACGAAGAAGAAACAUCUCCCCUCCACCCAUUAAUUUUUUUUUUUUUUUUUAGCUCCCACUCCCCCAGAAACUGCCACCGUAAAAGAAAAAAAUCCCCAGAAACCGAUUGGAAGAUCCUGAAUAUACCCAUAACAGCCUCUUUGCUCUGACUCCCUGUAUGUUGCUGCCCUCCGGCUGUAUGCAUUGCCCUUACAAUCGACCCCUUCCCUGUCCCCGAACAUGCCAUUUUAAAAAAAAAAAAGAAAAAAUGAAUUAUUGAAGAAAUUGCACUUUUUAAGUUGUUAGGUUUGAAGUGGCUCAAAGGAGCUUGAUACUAUUGUAUAUUUUUGUGCUAAUCGCAAUUUUUAUUGUCGAAAUAUCCAUGUUAUUGUUUGAUCUGGAUGUUUGAAAUAGAACAUUUGCAGGGUUUUAGGGUGUGUCCACCUGGCAUGGAUAAGUCAGGCAUUCCAGGAAAGUGGUUCUUUUCAGAACUUGUCUUUAAGGGUUGGUUGACUACCUCAGUACAGAGGACUGAACUACCCGACCUGUACUGUAAAUAGGGAAACUAUAUAGAUGAAAGCAGGGCUCGUUUUCCAACAAAAUAUGCACAAGAGCUGCAGCGCUGAAAGGAUGUACUUUAUGUAAUAUUACUCCUGUUAGCUGCAGCUCUGCAGGCUGUAAACAGUCAAGCUGGGCAUGCAAAACAAUCUCAUGUGAUGAGUCUGAACGAGCCCUGCUUUUCUCCUAUUUUGAACUGAAUUAGCUGCCUUGCUUCUUCAGAGUAUGUAGUUACUGGUUGUAUAGUUUUUCGGAAAAUGUUACGUUUUUGUAAAGGCUUAAAAUCAAAAGGCAUCCAAAUGCCUUUUGAUUUUGAAGAAGAAGAAAAAAAAAACACAGAAAAAAAAAAAUAAGGCCCUGCAGUGUCUCUUUUGUGCCACCGUUUAUUCCACUGGGUGGGUUUUUAUAUUUCAUUGAAUGCAUUUCCCAACACCAUCAGAAUAAUGUCGGCUUGUGUAAAAUCAUGAUCAUCUCGAAGGGAUCCCUUCCUGCAUCAUAGGACCGGCGUCUACGUGGAGGUUUAUUCUGAUGGGUGACUGAAUUGCCAUAUUUUCCAGUCAGAGCCCAGGUUGGAGCGGCCGUGAUUGUGGAAGGGAUCGCAGACCCACAGUGGUAGAAGGGAUACUGCAGUGAAUAAUUUGUUUCCAAGUAUAGCAUAAAGGAAACUGUUUGUCAAUCCCAGUUUUCUAUACAGUUAACUCCCUCAGUAAAAACCAUAACAACCACCUUUUUGGAGAAAAAAAAAAUGUUAGCAGUUUUAAACUAUUGUUGGUGGCCAACAACAUUUUUUGCAUUCCUGCAAAUAAAUUGUUUUAUACUGUAAAAUGGAGGUGAGUGUAACUUAUUUUUGUAAUAAAGUUUUUGAUUUCUA